UUAGCCUCCUGCAUACCUUCAAUUCAUUCCUGAGCUAAUUUUAACUCCUGUUUAUUUCCACUUUUGUAUCAGCUGUAGGCCAUUAUAGGACAUUCAGCAGGCAUAAUAUUGCUGCAAGCACCACUCUAGCUUACACGCUUGCAGGAGGUUUUCAAGGCUGAGCCUUUUUUCAGUGCUAUUAGAUGCCCAGGUACAUCUAAUGCAUCGUUAUUUUACAAAAGCUGCAAAGCCCAGGAGCAUAAACACAAUGCAGAAGCCGAAGCCAUGGCUCCCAAGUAUGGCCCCACACCUGGGCAGGGCCCCGCCGUGCUGACCGGGCAUUGCGGGUGCCCUCCUCCUGCAGGCAGCGCCGUGGCCCCGCUCUGUGCCCUGGGCACCCUCCUGAGCCUCCUGGUCCCCGUGCAGGCCGCCAGGUCUCCCGACUGUGGGGGCAUCCUCACCCCGUCAGGACUGAGCUACCUUGCUGAAGUUUCAAGACCAUAUGCAGAGAUGGUCCUCAGGCAGGACCUGACGGACCCGAGGGCCCCCGACCUGCCCCUUGGCUCCCCAAAAGCCAGCACGGACCAAAUCGGCUCCGUCCAAGUGGUUGACCUGUCGCUGUCGCUUGUCCCAGAGGCCGGGCUGCGGCUGGGCAUCGAGGCGGACCUGGGCAUCGCCCCCCCGGUCGCGGCGCCCAGGCUGGCAAGGCUGUCCAUCCUGGCCGACCUCCACGUAGACCUGAGCCCCGACGGCGACCUGCAGCUGACAACCUCUGCCUGCAGACCCACCGUGGAGGAGGUGCAGAGCGCCGAGGAGGUUGAAAGCAAGUCCUCUAGUUCCGACCUGGAUAAGGAGAUUAAUGCCGAUAAGAUUUGCUUGGAAGUCUCCAAAUUGCUCCUUUUGCCUAAUGAACAGCUAAUGUCUCUGACAGCUCAGUUCCCCGUCACCCCCAGCUGCCAGGUCCAGUACCUGCCACUGGCUGCCCCCGUGAUCUCCGAGGAGGGAAUCACCAUGUCCUUGCAAACCACGUUCCAGGUGGCAGGGAUAGCAGUGCCCCUGCCAGUCAGCCCUGUGCCGUUCAGCAUGCCCGAGCUGGUGAGCUCCAGCCCUUCCCACCUCACCUUGGCUUUGUCUGAGCACUUCUACACCAGCCUCUUCUUCGCCCUGGAGAGGGCUGGAGCCUUCAACAUGACCAUCCUGAGCCCGCUGACCACCGCCACCAUGGCACAGAAGAUCACCCAGGUCGGCUCCCUGUACCCCGAGGACCUGCCUGUGAUGCUGAGGGCCGAGCUCAGAAGCUCUCCUCGGGUGGAGCUGGAGGAAGGCCGAGCAGCCCUGAAGCUCUUCCUCACCAUCCAUGUCGGGGCAGGCUCACCAGACUUCCAGAGCUUCCUGGGCGUGAGUGCGGAUGUGACUGCAGGACUGCUCCUCAGCGUCACCGACACACGGAUGAUGAUCUCUGCAGCAGUGAUAGAAGAUGCUGAGCUCAGCCUGGCUGCCUCCGAUGUGGGCCCGGUGCCGGCUGCGUUGUUGAAAGAGCUGUUCCUGGGCACCGUUCGUGAGGAGGUGCCGGUCUGGAUGAACGCGGUGCUGAGUGAAGGUGUACACCUGCCACACAUAUCCAGCUUCACCUACACUGAUGUCAGCGUCAUGAUUCACAAGGAUUACGUCUUGCUCCUGUGCAACCUCAAGCUGCAGGCGAGACACGGCGAGCAGGGGGCCGUGGCCUGAACCCGGUGUGCCUUUUGCUUUGCCUGGAGGAAAACGGGGACAAAGCCAUCCCACUGACUCUGAAAGGAUGUGUCGUGUUUUCUCACUGCAUGAAACAUUAAAAAUCUUUUUUCUUUACUGAAACAACACUUUCUCACAUUUAGGAUAAUAAUGGCAUUGUGCUAGUGGCUUUCUCUUCCAGUCUAUUUUUUGUUGCACAAGGAGGAUGGAUUAUAACAA